AUGGAUUGUGCACGUGGGGACGAUUCCAGACCAACUUCUUUGCAUAUUUGCUCUUUUGACGGCUGUUCUAAAACUUUUAGACGGCCAUACAGAUUAAAAAUUCACUUAAGGUCACACACUGGGGAGAGGCCAUUUUUAUGUGAAGAAGAAGACUGCAUGAAACAAUAUGCUCGUGCAUCACAUUUGAAGAGACAUAUUGAAAAAUGUCACCAGAAAAAGGAAACCAAAGUCAGAUGUGAAGAGGUUGAUUGUGGCCAGUAUUUUUAUUCAAGCACAGCACUCAAGAAACACAUUGCGAGGAUUCACAAAUUGAGACCAUACAAGUGUUUGUAUUCUGGAUGUGGAAAGGCAUUUCAAAAGCACAAUCAACUGAAGGUCCAUGAGUUUGAGCACACUCAAAUCAAUCCAUUUGUGUGCCCAGUGGAGGGUUGUGGAAUGAGCUUCCGUUUUCGAAAUGUGUUGAAAAGACACAGCAAAGUCCAUGAAGGAUAUUCAUGUGAUGUGGAGGGAUGCAAUGAAGUUUUUAAAACAUGGACACUCUUACAGAAACACAAGCUGCACCAGCAUGGUAAAAUUUUUACAUGUAAGGAUUGUGGACUUACAUUCACCAAGUCUUACCGUUACCAUCGACACAUGAGGAUUCAUUCAUCAGAGCGACCCCUAUUUAUCUGUCCCCGUGAUGGAUGCCAAAGGUCAUAUCUGGAUAAGAAAAAUCUCACCAGUCACAUUCGCUCCUUCCAUGAUGGGCUGACAUUUACUUGUGACCAGUGUCAGAAACAGUUUUCUGCAAAGCAAAAAUUGAAUCAACACAGGAAAACCCAUGACCCAUCUUAUCAAAGUGCAAAGCCUAAACCCAGAUUAAACACUCACAGAAAGAAAUCCACCAUAGAAAAACUGACAGGACUCAGGAGGGAGGAUAGUGAGAUGCCUAAUGAUGUUGCGAUGGUAGAAGAUAACUCAGUGACCACAAAUGACUCUAAUCAGUCCAUUGAUCAGUCCAAGAAUCUAACAGAUGAGGGGUUUACAGAUCUUCACACCUGUUCAUUACUAAAUGAUCAACACAGGGCUGAAGGAACAGUCAGAGUAGAGAUACAGACAGUUAGUAGCCCCUUUGAUAGUGACCCCAGUCUUACUGCUACAGUUAGUAGCCCCAUGAAUAGUGACUCGGGUCUUAUUGCAUCAGUUAGUAGCCCUUUUAAUAGUGACUCGGGUCUCAUUGCAUCAGUUAGUAGCCCCUCUCAAAGUGACUUGGGUCUUAUUGCAGCAGUUAGUAGCCCCUUUGAUAGUGACCGGGGUCUUAUUGCAACAGUUAGUAGCCCCUCUGAAAGUGACUCGGGUCUUAUUGCAGCAGUUAGUAGCCCCUCUGAAAGUGAUUCGGGUCUUAUUGCAGCAGUUAGUAGCCCCUCUGAAAGUGACCCGGGUCUUAUUGCAGCAGUUAGUAGCCCCUCUAAUAGUGACCUUGGACUUAUUGCUUCAGUUAGUAGCCCCUUUGAUGGUGACCUGGGUCUUACUGCAACAGUUAGUAGCCCCUCUAAUAGUGACUUGGGACUUAUUGCUUCAGUUAGUAGCCCCUUUGAUGGUGACCCGGGUCUUACUGCCUCACAGCUGCCUUCUGAUUCUAUGGAUGGAGAGAUAAAAUCUGGAAAAUCCAGCUCAAUACCCAGCACUGUGGUCUGUACUACACAAGAUGAUCAUCAAGAGAAACAUAAGUGCAGAUAGGUUGCAUGGUUAUUUUCAUAAGUUCAACCUUUUGUUUAGAAAUUUUGUAUACCUGUACUUAAUGUUUUGUUUCUGUUUUAAAACCAUGAAUGCUGAACAGAAAAUUCAAAGAAUGCAUGAAGUUGGUGGUAUUGUAUGUUUUAAGGCCAAAUAAAAAAAUAUAUGUGGUUCCGGUUACCCGACCGUCCCUAUUUUAUACCCCCUACCCUAAACUUUUUUUUGGCAAUUUUCAUAUAUUUUCCGGAAUUUUCCCCGAUUUCCAUCAAUAGCUCCGGCUUAAGUUUUAGUUUCAGCAAUGACGGCCUCCUUGCAAAACAUAGUGCAAGUGUUUAAUAGUGUUAAAUCCAAAGCAAGCUAGCAUGUAGGUGUCCCCUACCAAUAUUGACUAGUAUAUUAUCACACCACAUCUAAAUGCCACUUGCAAAGCAGUGAUAGGUAUUAUUUAGAAAAAUUAAGAAAAUUAUUAAAAAAAAAAAAAAAAAAAAGAAAAAAUCCCUACCUACCUACCCUAAUUUUUUGGAGGUGUAACCGGAACCACACAUAUUUUUUUCUUUGGCCUAAUCAUUUUCUUGCAUCAAGUACCAUAUUUUGCCAAAAAUAAUAUGUACUUUUUUUUUUUUACCUCAUUUGAGCUCAUAGCUCAGUUGAGCUAUUCUGCUGACAUUUUGUCUGUCUGUUUGUAAACUUGUCACAUUUUCAACUUUCUUCUCCAGAACCACUUGGCCAGUUUCAAACACAACAAAAGUCCUUGAGUGAAGGGGAUUCAAGUUUGUUCAAAGAAAGGGUCAUGCCCUCUUGAAAGGGGAGAUAAUUAAAAAAUGGCAAAAAUAGGAUGCAAAAAUAGGAUGGGUGUCUUAAUAAAAAAUCCUAAGAACUACCAUAAAAGAAAAAAACUUAUGAAAUAGCCUUCUGGACUUUUGCACUUACCGGUACAACUUUGUCUACAGCAUAUGUCAUUCUUACUAUCAAGCUGUGAUGACUUUACUUAUUUUCAUGCAUAGAAUUUUAUAAAUUUUAGCAUGUAAAGAUAGUUUCCUAUUUUAGUAUGUAAAUUUACACAUUUUCUGACCAUUUUUGGGCAAAGUUCUAACCUUCCAUGAUAAAAUAAGGUCUAUACUGUAAAAGGGUGAGAUCCACGCCACCGAAAAAAUAUUGUCCAUUUUCCAUUGUUUUGAGGAAAGGCUUAAACAAUAGGCAGUUUAACGUCGAGUAACUAUAUUGUUAUAAAUUAUAUUAUUAUAUACAUAUACAAAAUUUCUGUGGUCUGCAAAUGGUAUAGGUAUUAUAACAUUUCAGAAAGGUAUACUUUAAAUAUAACAUUGACGAAUAUUCAAAUACGAAUAGAAUAGUAAUCUGGAAUAAUUGAAUAUUGAUUUUUUGGUAUUCGUUUCAGCUUUACUUAUUUCCAUCACUGUCAGUAGCUGAUAAGAACUGCACUGAGCAGAGUCAUCCAAAGAAAAAUAUCUUUAGAAAAAACUUUAACAACAAUAAAAUACAACAUGGUCAUAAUGUACUAGCAUCCUUGGAAAGUGUAGAUUCAAGUUUGUUCAAAGGAGGGCCAAAGUGACUGAAGUGAGCAUUUUGGCCUAUGGGUCUCUCAUGUAGGUUUUUUUUUUGGUAAGAAAAGGAUGGGUUUUAUACCACUGUAGGUUUUCAUUCCUGUCAAGUGAAGCUUAGAGUAAAUUCAUUUGACCCAUAGCUUAUAAGCUUCAUUUUGAUGUUUUCUACUUUGAUAUACAUUAAGCAAAAAUUGAUCUCUAGGAAAAUUAGCAGGAAUAUAAAAUUGGGGAAAAUGUGAUACUUAUAAACUGUAAAUAAUUAAAUUACACAGUACUGUGCAUUAGGCAGAGAUCAUCAUCUACACUGCCAUAAAAGCAUAAUCAUGUUUACAUGAGGGCUUAUCAGAGGGUUUUGUAAUCAGUCAGAAACACCUCAGGUUAAAAAAUUAGAAGUAUUGUAUAAUGAGACUUGUAUAUGAUAUAAUACAAUUUAUCAUAAUUUUCAAUAACUCAAACGUCAUUUGACCUGUAUGUUUACAUCUCAUAUGCUCUCAUUAUGUCAUUACUGUUUACGUAUGCAGGGCUUGUCAUUUUAAUCUGCCAGACAUCCCCCCUAAGUGUACAAAUAUAUACCAUAUUUAUUUUUCACACUUGUUAUUAAAAACACACUGAUUAUGGAGUUUAUAUAAGCACAUCUUCUAUUUGUAACUGAUCACUUUUGUAUAUACAUGUGUGUACAAGGCACUUUUCCCUUGAGCGGUCAUUGUUACUUAUUUCCCAGUUAGCUCUCUCAGUUUUUUUUGUCACGCCAACUUUGUUCAUCAUUUUCCCCCAGGUUUGGCCAUGUAUUGAUUAAAGCACAUUUAAGGUAGUAUGGGAUACCUCUACGUUAUGACGUAUUUCCGUUUGAAGUAUUGUUUUGAUUUGCAUGAGUGCUUAUUAUCGGGUCAAAAUUUGUAGA